AUGGCUCGAAGAUACGAUAGUCGAACAACAAUCUUCUCACCGGAAGGUCGUCUCUUCCAGGUUGAAUAUGCAAUGGAAGCUAUUUCUCACGCUGGUACAGUCCUCGCCGUGUUAUCGAAAGAAGGUAUAGCGAUGGCAGCAGAAAAGAAAGUGACAGGUAAAUUACUUGAUCUUUCACUUGCUCCAGGAGGAGAAGGUAUGGGCGGCGAAGGAACGGAAGCAUGGAUGGGAGGUGGUGGAGAGAAGAUCUUCCUGUUAAACAAUAACAUCCUAGCUGGAUUAGCAGGUAUCACAUCCGAUGCUAAUUCGUUGGUCAACUUUGCACGAAAUUCCGCACAAAAGCACUUGUUCACUUAUGAUGAAGAUAUCCCAGUGGAGAUGUUGGUGCAAAGAUUAUGCGAUAUGAAACAGGGUUACACGCAAUUCGGAGGUCUUCGUCCAUUCGGUGUAGCGUUACUUUAUAUGGGCUGGGAUCCAAUCUACGGUUUCCAACUAUAUCAAUCUGAUCCAUCGGGUAAUUACUCAGGAUGGAAAGCCACUUGUGUAGGAUCAAAUCAUUCUUCAGCUACCAGUUUGUUGAAACAGGAUUACAAAGAAGACUUGACUUUGGAAGAUGCAAAGAGUCUAUGUUUGAAGGUCAUGAGUAAGACUAUGGAUAGUACUAAGUUGAGUAGUGAGAAACUGGAAUUCGCAACAAUGACUCUUCACCCGACGUCUAAACAACCUUUAUCAAAAAUAUAUCGACCAUCAGAGCUCGACGAGUUAUUACGUGACUUAGAAUUAGGAGGUACCAAGGAGGAUGCGGUGGGAGCUAUGGAAGGUACAGGUGGUGGCGGCGGUGGCAACGUUGCUAUCAGUACAUAG